CCUACUGGGAGACCCUGCUGUCCCGGCUAAAGGCCUACAUGGCAAGGGCAAGGCUGAGGGAGAGGCACCAGGAGAACCUGAGGCGCAAGCUGUUCCAGCUCAAACAAGAGCAAGGCGUGGACAGCGGCCCCCUGUUCCCGUGCGUCAAAAAGGAGUCCCCGUCACACCUGGAUGGGGAAGGCUUUCCCCAGCCUGGCCCUUCCGGCUCACAGCCGGGAGAGGCCGCGGAGGUGAAGGAGGAGCCCUCAGAACGGCCUGAAUCUUCGGCGGCUAGCACGGCAGAGGGCGAGGAGGAGGAGGAAAACAAGGAGGGCGAAGCAGAAGAACCGGCCGUGGUCAACAAUCCCAUCGCCAAGAGUGAAGAGGACUACCGGUCCGGAGGCUACAGCCCGGUCCUCGUCAGGAACGAAGACCUGGAGCCUGGCACCAUCCUGAUCGACACCGUCGACGACGAACAGAGGCUCGAGUUUGCCAGGCAACAGCUCAUGGGCACCGGCAGCAGGGUGCAGGACUUGAGCACGCGGGAGGAGCGUGCCUUCAUGCUGGAAGCACGCAAGGGCAUGGACGGGGACGACGCCAACUUCAGCGUGGAGGCCCCACUCCAGGACAAGACCUACCUCUGGUCGGACAAGUACCGGCCGCGCAAGCCCCGCUACUUCAACCGUGUCCACACGGGAUUCGAGUGGAACAAGUACAACCAGACCCACUAUGACAUGGACAACCCUCCGCCCAAGAUUGUGCAGGGCUACAAGUUCAACAUUUUUUACCCAGACCUCAUUGACAAGAAUAGAACCCCAGAGUACUUUCUGACACCUAUUGAUGGAAACAAGGACUUCUCAAUCCUGCGCUUCCAUGCCGGACCACCGUACGAGGACAUUGCAUUCAAGAUUGUCAACCGAGAGUGGGAGUACUCAUACAAGCGUGGCUUCCGCUGCCAGUUCCACAACAACAUCUUCCAGUUAUGGUUCCACUUCAAGCGAUACCGCUACAGACGCUGACAGAACAGCCAGUGGAAUCCAACAAGAUACUGUGUGUACAAAAGUAAAGUUAUGCGUGCCUCACAAAGCCAACAAUUUUAUCUGUGUGUUGUUUUUCUUAUUUAAUAAAAACAUUGAACAAAGUUUACCAUACUAA